AUGUCAAGUGCAUGGAGAUUUGAUUCGAGUGCCACCUCACGACUUAAUGCUAUGAGUUCACCUUGGCCUUUUGUAGCUUGGGGAAUGGAUGUCAUUGGUCCAAUAGAGCCAGCCGCCUCUAACGGACACAGAUUCAUUUUGUUUGCUAUUGACUACUUCACCAAGUGGGUGGAAGCUGCUUCGUACAAGUCGGUGACCAAGAAAGUUGUAGCUGAUUUUUUUCACAACAAUUUGAUAUGUAGGUUUGGAGUACCAGAAUCCAUCAUUACUGAUAAUGGAGCGAAUCUUAACAGUCACUUGAUGAGAGAGAUAUGUGAACAAUUCAAGAUUACUCACCGAAACUCAACCGCCUAUCGUCCCCAAAUGAACGGAGCUGUAGAAGCCGCCAACAAGAACAUAAAUAAGAUUUUGAGAAAAAUGAUCGAUAAUCGCAGAGUAUAUGGAACAGAAGCAGUUAUACCUGCAGAAGUUAAAAUACCCUCAUUAAGAAUCAUCCAAGAAGCUGAAUUGAGUGAUGCUGAAUGGGUUCGCAAGCGGAUUGAUCAGCUAACAUUGAUUGAUGAGAAGAGAAUGGUCUAUAUGUUUGCCUCAGGAUCAACAUAUUCCUCCAUUCAAUGA